CCAUGAAUCAGGAAGAGCCGUCCGUUACUUCCUCUUCGGACUCCUAUCAUCCGAAUGCAGCCCUUAUUCAGAUUGGUGACCCCAUGGGGGAAUCGACUUCUAGUCCGUCACGAUCAACUGGGCCUUCCAAUCCACCUCCAAAGAAGCGAGCGCCUUUAGCGAGUGUUGCUUGCCAGGACUGCAGAAGACGGAAAACAAAGGUCUGCUUCCUGUUCACCGAGUUCUUUGACAUGGGCUUGCGAUGGCAAAAGCCUGCCUGCAGCAAUUGUACCAAACGGGGCGUGCCGGCGUGCACAUAUGACCUCGAGCCCAACCAGUCCCGCGUUGCUGCAUACAAACAGAAGAUUGAGCAGCAGAUUACCUCCAUCAAGAAGCUGGAAGAGGAAAUCGAGGUAUUGAAAAAGUCUCCUCUUCAUAUUGGAGGGGGACUCGGGCUNACAGAGCCAACUCAGUCAUCACAUAACAAUCCUUCAGGCGGAGUUCCAAUGCGACUCCUGCUGAAUCCUGCUCCAGAGCCAAGUGGAACCUCUUCUGGCCCUAGUUCGUUAGACACGCUUGGCCCGUACAACCCAGUCUCACUUCCGACCUUACAAAUGGUCGAAAGGGAAGCCGAGCUUUUGCGCUAUCAACGCAACCUCGAGAUUGAGAUGCGCAAACUCCAGGACGAGAACCGCACACUCAGGACGCUGAUCUCGUUACUCAAUUCAAUUGAUGACCGGGAUAUGGCGCAACAGAUGGCCAAAGAGAUUCACACUCAUGGCGUAUCAGACGACCUCUUGUCCAGGGCCCAGCAUUUGGUUGCCAUGCAAGUAUGGAGACCUAUGCUCCCAAACCUGCAAAAUCAAGCUAAAUCCCAACCUCAGCGACCACCCGGACGUGCCGCAGAGAAUCCGUGGUCGAUUCCA